AUGUCGAUGAGUCCUAAGCAUACAACUCCUUUUUCUGUAUCCGAUAUCUUAAGUCCUCUUGAGGAAAGCUACAAAAAAGUAAGUAUGGAGGGAAACAGUUUGGGGGCUCCUCUUGCUUCGUACCGGCAACCGCAGGUUACACAGUCUGCGAUGCAGCAGCAUCACAUGGGCCACAACGGAGCCGCUGUGCCCGCUGCCUACCACAUGACAGCCACAGGAGUGCCACAGCUGUCCCACACGGCUAUGGGAGGCUACUGCAACGGCAAUCUGGGCAACAUGAGCGACCUGCCGGCUUAUCAGGACGGCAUGAGGGGCAGCACGACAGCCACAAGCUGGUACGGAGCAAACCCUGACCCGCGAUUUUCUACCAUCUCUCGCUUCAUGGGCUCCUCUUCCGGCAUGAACAUGAGCAGUCUUGGUUCCUUGGCAGAUGUGGGUAAAGGCAUGGGAUCCCUGAGCAGCGCGCCGAGAAGAAAGAGGCGAGUGCUCUUCUCACAGGCGCAGGUCUACGAGCUCGAGCGCCGCUUCAAGCAGCAGAAGUACCUCUCGGCGCCGGAAAGGGAGCACCUAGCCAGCAUGAUCCACUUGACCCCGACCCAGGUGAAAAUCUGGUUCCAGAAUCACCGCUACAAAAUGAAAAGGCAGGCCAAAGACAAAGUGUCCCAGCAGCAGAUGCAACAAGAGAGCGCUUCUUGCCAGCAGCAGCAGCAGCAGUCUCCGCGGCGGGUAGCCGUGCCCGUGUUAGUGAAGGACGGCAAGCCGUGCCAAGGCGGCGGCCACACUCCUACUAGCGCAGCACAAAACCAUCAUCAUCAGAGCGCCAGCGUCAUGCUCAUGGCUAACAAUAGCGCAAUGGGGCAGCAUCCGAGUCAGCAGGUAGGCAGCGCGGGCCAGUCACCAGAUUUGGGCCAGCACGGUACCAGUCCCUCUUCCCUCCAGACUCAGGUGACCGGUCUGUCACACCUGAACUCCUCUGGCGCUGACUACGGCACGGCCUUGCCCUGUUCCGCUCUGCUGUACGGCAGGACGUGGUGA